AUGAUACUGGCCAUCCUCUCGUCGACGUUUCUUUACGCUCUCGACAACGUAAUUCUAGCCAACGUACGGCCGAGCAUCACUGACACGUUUGGCCGCCGCAUGGAUAUGCUCCCUUGGCUCUCGGUGUCGUACGCCAUGGGAGAAGUAGGCGCCAACCCUUUAUGGGGAAAGCUGAAUGAUCAAUUCAACAACAAGUUUCUCUAUCUAGCCGCCGUUCUGAUCUUCGAGGUCGGGUCCGCCGUGAUCGGCUCGGCGCAGUCGAUCGAGGCCGUGGUCGCUGGCCGGGCCAUCGCCGGGUUCGGCGGAAGCGGCAUCUACGUCGGCACCAUCAACAUUAUAUCCGCCAUCACGCUCCCCGCCGAGCGGACGCAGUACCUGAACUUUGUCGGCAUGUCGUGGAGCCUGGGAACCAUCCUCGGCCCCGUCAUCGGCGGCGCCUUCGCCGACUCGGCCGCCACGUGGAGAUGGGCCUUCUACAUCAACAUCUGCAUCGCGGCCUUGGCAGCCCCGGCAUGCAUUUUGCUCGUGCCGCCCGUGGUCCCGUCGACCUCGCUCUCGGUGGUCUCCCGCAUCAAGAGGAUCGACUAUCUCGGCGCGGUGCUGUUUCUAGGCGGUGUCAUCACAACGACCAUGAUCAUGGCCUUUGGAGGUGCCGUGUACAGCUGGAACAGCGGCGCCAUGCUCGGCCUGUAUGUCGCCAUGCCCGUCAUCUGGGCCAUAUUCUGCGUCCAGCAGCGCUUCCACCUCUUCACCACCAACCGCAUCUUUCCCGCCCAGCUCGUCGGCGACUGGGAGAUGGCCAUCAUGUUCGCCUGGACGGCGCUCGCCAUCGCCAACGUCGUCGUGACCAUCUACUCGCUGCCACUUUUUUUCCAGUUCCGAUUUGCCGACUCCUCUCUGGGCGCCGCCGCUUACACCCUCCCCUUCAUCGGUUCCGCGGUCGCGAGCGCCGGCGCCGGCGGUCCGCUGCUCGCCAAGUACCCCGUCUACUGGGUCUGGUUCGCAGGGGCCAGCGCGCUCAUGCUCGUCAGCAACGGCCUCCUGUCAACCAUCAACUACGACACGGGCCGCGGGGCCGUCUGCGGCUUCACCGUCAUACAGGGCUUUGCGUGCGGCCCCGUGCUGCAGCUGGGCUACACGGUUGCGCAGACCAAGGUCCCGCGCCGGGCCGUGCCUGAUGUCAGUGCCUUCCUGACAUGCGCACAGAUGUCUGGCCUCGCCUUGUCUCUGGGGAUCGCCACCUCGGUCUUUCUAAAUGGUGCCACCGAUGACAUUGCCGCCCUGCUUCCUGGCGUGCCGCGUGAUGUGAUCCAGUGGACCAUCGACGGUGCUAAGACGACGAUUUUCCAGGACCUUAGCCCUGAAACCCAGGCACGCGUUCUCGAGGCCGUUGCGCGCAACGUCGGCAAGGUGUUUUAUCUCAACGUUGCUGGCGGGGCACUGGGAUUCGUCAUGUCCCUCCUGAUGAAGCGUCAAAGGCUGAAUUUGGAUCCGCAGUAA